CGCGGCGCACGAGACGCUGCCUUUUUUUUUUCUUGGAUUGCUUCGAGUCGGUGGCCGUGACUUGUAGAACGCGCACUCUUGGAAGGCAGGUUUCGUGAAGUGAUGGCCAAAGACGUCGGUGCCUACCUGAAGAAGCAGCAAGAGCAGGGCCCAGCCGAGCUGUCGCAGCAAUGGGCCGAGUUCGAAGAGCUGUACAACAAGCGGCUGUGGCACCAGUUGACUCUAAAGUUGCUCACCUUUGUCCGUUGCCCACAGAUACAGCAGGGCCUGUUUCAGAUGUACGAGAACUUCAUUUCGGAAUUUGAAAACAAGAUGAAGCCCCUCUCUCUGGUGGAGAUUGCUGCCCAGGUGUCCCAGAGUAUCCCAGACAUGGAGCAGCGGCUUGGCUUCAUCACCAAGACCAAGGAGAAGGUGAAAGCAGAUCCUGAAGCAGUUGUCCUCUGCAAUGUGCUCUAUGGCCAGAACAAGCUGGCUGCCAACGACAUGGCCAGCGUUAAGCUGGCACAUCCAAUCCUCGAGUGCCUGCAAGGCACUGAUCGUCACUGGGUGGUGCAGCUGCUGUCGGCCUUCAACAGUGGAUCCCUGGCACAGUACGAGACCCUGAGGCCGGCCUGGUCCCUUCAGCCGGACCUUGCAGCCUGCGAACUGUCCUUGCGUCAGAAAAUGUGCCUGCUGUGCCUGAUGGAGAUGGCCUUCCAGCGGCCAGGCAGUCGCCUCUCCUUCGAGGAAAUCGCUGCUCAGACACGGCUGCCGCUCAACGAGGUGGAGGUGUUGGUGAUGAAGGCGCUGUCCUUGGGCCUGGUGCGGGGCACCAUUGAUCAAGUCGACGGACAAGUCCACAUGCAGUGGGUGCAGCCACGGGUGUUGUCACGCGACCAGAUUGCUGGCAUGAAGAAACGGCUUGAUGCAUGGAAUGCAGAUGUUGCAUCUAUGGAGAAGCUUCUGGAGACCAAGGCACACGAGAUCAUCUCGAUUUAGGACGCGCAAAUAAAAAAUGAAUGGCUAGAUUGUCCAUUUAUGUAGCAUUUGUGUGCUUGCACGAGUAAACCUGGGCACUUAAAUUUGCAUCGUUACUGGAGAGCAUGCACUCAUGACGGAGAAUUUCUCAGGUGCUCCC